ACGAGAAAUGUGGUUUUAACUUUCUAGUCGAAAGCCAGAGGGAGAGUAUCGUCUGAGAAAAAGAAGUAACUCGAGUCUCUCUCUCUCUCUCUCUCUCUCUCUCUCUAUCUGUCUCGUUUUCCUUGUCUGUAUCGAACAGCGAGCCGCCGAAAUGAGCUUAUUCGCGAUUCCGUGCUGUUUACUCAGCCUGAAGUAACUCGUUGGAAACACGUCGUCGCGCGUCGGUCGCGAGGAAGAGACGUAUAAUUGUUGUCGCGCUUUGUAAAAGUGGGCAGAGAUAUUUUCUGGCGUGCGUGAGGAGAUAGCGAUUUUUACUACCGAUUGAUUAUUAUACGUACGCGGCGAAGAAGUUUCGCGCGCGCGCGGAUAAUUGCGCGAUCGUUACAGAUCGCGGAGAACGAGGAAAGGAAUAAAAGAAAAAAAAAAAGAGGAAAUUAACCGCAGAAACCGCAACGCAAAUGCCCGUCGUCGCCGAUGCCCGACGACGACGGAGCCGAGCUGGCGGAGGUGUGCGAGAGUGGGAAAUGAGGGAUUAUUAAAUUAGAGUAACCAUGACGACCGGUGGUCAAGGAAAUGGGUGAGACCGCGGACAGUCGAAGAGCGACGAAGCCGGACGACGCGUUUAAAAGGCUAUCAAUUGGCGGCGGUUUUUGUGAUCGCGACGAAAUAUGACACGCGGCGACGAAGUUAGCAGUCCGAGGAACGCGAUCUCAGUCCGGGAAAUGUGACGACGAUCACGCGCGCCGAUCGGGACGCAGUGUGGCCGCUUACGCGCGACGAGGAAGAGAGUCCCGUCUCGAUUUUUGUUCUCGAAACGAAAUCGACUCUUCCCCGACGACUGUCGCGCGUGUUUGUUUAAUUUUAAACCGAACGUCGAGUGUCGUCGCGAGCACAUCAGUCGGAGAGAGAUUGAUGUGAGUAGAGCGAUCGCGAUCGCGAUGGAAUUAGUGGAGAGAGCGAUACUGUUGAAUCUGCCCUUCCUGACAUGCGGGAUUUUCAACGCGGUAAAAUCUGCACGCGCGCCACGUCGAUUGGAAAACGUCAAGGAUCGCCGAGCGAUGUUCCAUCUGGACGGAAGAAACGGCGGCACCAACACCGACGUCGUCGUCGCCGCGACGAAAUACGACGACUCGUCCACGUCGUCGUCAAACGAAGAAGAGAAUUUCGACUGGUGGCUGAUGAACGAUCGGGAAAUCACGGUAUCGUCGAGAUCGCGUCGCCGACGGACGGUCCAUCGAUCAUCGUCGAACGACAGGCGCAGUUUCGCGCGAAACGCGUCGAAACGGGAGCCCGAGAGCGGAAUCAGCGAGGAACUCGAGCUCGGCUCGCUCACGCGGGAUAACGAUCUGGAUAUCGAUCUGAUCGAGAAGGACGCCGUUGAAACGAGCGAUUUGCCCGCGACCGACAGCAGCGAGGGCAGCAUCCGGGAAGAAUCCGAGACCAGAGCCGCCUGCUACACACCCGAGAGGCUGAUCAGGUCCCAGAAAUACCGGAUACUCGUGCCGUCGCCCCGAUGUUUUAUCUUCCCGAGAUUCGUGGCGGAGAACGGGAGCGGAGAGCGGAGGUUUCGCCAUUGUCGGAAACGGUUGAGCUGCCUCAUCGAUUCCAAGCAAAUUGGUGCCACGCAGCUGAAGAUGCUCCUGAACUUACCGAUCGCGGAUGCGAGAACGCGCGCGGUCUCCUCGCCGAUUUUCGGACAGGAGCGAUGCAACGUCGUCGGUGAUUGCAACGACAACAAACCGUCGAACGAUGAUCUUCAUCUGGGCGACAAGAGCGCGCGAACGAUCAGCAGUAGAUCGAGUUACGACAUAUUGAACUCUACCUGGGACUACGAUUGCAAAGGUCUCACCGUCCGUCCACCUUCCCUGGACGACACCUCCGGCAUACAGAGCACCGAUUGGAGCCUGGAGACGCAGAGCGACACGCGUAACACGCCAAUGUGUCUCUGCGACGAGCUGGCGGUUGCGUUGGAUCGAGGGACCGCCAUCAACAACAAAGUAGCGUCUAUUCUUGAGAGCCUGCGGAGCGAUCCCGAAAACGCGACGGCGCUUUCAAAAAAUGAGGACCGAUUCCGCAAUGAAAUUCCGUCCUUUCACGAUCAGUUAACGAGACUGACCAUAGAAACGAACGGGACGACGGUUUCCGACGAUGCGAAUAAUUGGUUGCACCGUCUUCGCGAUAAAAUAAAACGGCUGCGGCUCGCCAACAAAGAGAUCCACCGAGAUAUACGCGAUUUGUGUACAGACUUUCAGCGCGACGAAGAAAAAACGAUGAAUUUGUCGAACAGUGCGAGGCAUCUGCUGCAGGACGUCUGCGAGUUGCGGUAUCUCGACGAUCUGUUGAAGCUCUUGAAGGGAGAACCUGACAGAAUCUCCAAGAGAAAUUGGCCGUUUGUUCUGAGACACAGCGAACCUCACGAAGAGUUGAAUCUAAUCAUCUAAUUACAUGUGUCAAAGAUCACUGCAGAUUUGAAGAAUUUGUGAUCGUACGGUCUCUCCAAGGUCGUUGUGAACAAAUACUCAAAGUUUCUUUUUUUCGCGAUUUCUACAAGUGUACGUACUUACAGCAGAACGCAAUUGUUCUUGCAAAUCGGUUUCAAAAUGUUUCUAAAGCAAGUGAAAUCGGACCUGAUUUCUUGUCAAAAAUAUAUUGAUGUACUUUGUGAUACUUUAUCGGGCAAGAGUAAAAAAUCUCGUACAUCAUCAUAUACAUGAUAUAAUCACGCUCACGAUAAAAACACCGCAUUUUAUAACACACUCCGAUUACACUUACGUAAUAUCCGCGCGUGUGUUUCUUCUACAAAAAAGUUUAAUAAAUCUUUUUUUAAUACGCGAGGUAUCGAAACUUAGAAUCUCGCAUUUAUUUACAUGUCUAGUCUAGAAAAACCAGGACACUUUUUUUUUUAUUGCUAAACCAAUUUAUUAUUUAUACAUUGUAUAUAUAUAUACAGGGUGUCCCAGA